AUGCCAAAAGUAUUCACAACCAUCGAUCCUCAACGUGCAAUUGGCUACCUUCAAAUCGACUGUGCCUGCGCCCGCUACAAUCUUCAAUCGCGCUGCAAACCCAACUAUGGUUCCUGUAUAGACGGACGUCGCUCUGUUCCCAUCGAACUCCUCGAUGUAGCCGGACUCGUUCCAGGCGCCCAUGAAGGAAAAGGUCUUGGAAAUAAGUUUCUCGAUGAUUUACGCCAUGCAGAUGCGCUCAUCCACGUCGUCGACGUAAGUGGUACUACUGACGCGGAAGGCAAAGCAACGAGAGGUUAUGAUCCUAGUUAUGAUAUCGUGUGGUUGCGUUCGGAGAUCGUAGCAUGGAUUCGAGGAAACUUGAUGCAGAAAUGGGGAUCGAUAAAACGGAGACACGUAGCUGUCAAAGCUACAGCUGUCGAGACAUUACAGGGGCAAUUUUCCGGAUAUGGAAGUACGAGUUCGGUCGUUGCGAGGACGUUGGAUAAAUUGGGAUUGAAGGAGCCCUUGGAACAUUGGUCUGAUGAGACGAUUGAUUUGGUGGUGAAUGCUUUUACGGAUGAGAAAUUCCCGACGGUUAUUGCCCUUAAUAAAAUCGAUCAUGCGGAUGCGGACAAGAAUAUUAGCAAGAUCGCAAAGAUGCAAGAUCCGAAGAGUAUUGUGUUGUGUAGUGCUGUUUCGGAGGUUUUCUUGAGGAGGUUGGCUAAACAGGGUUUUGUCAGAUAUACGGAGGGAAGUGAGUUUGUGGAUACCAGGGAUGAUUUAAUUGCCGACGGCGAUGAAACCGGUGGAGGUCUAAAAGAAUUGGACGAGAAGCUCAAAACGAGAAUUGAGAAUCUAAAGGACAUGGUUCUUUACAGAUUUGGAAGUACCGGAGUAGUACAAGUACUCUCUCGAGCAGCAGAAUUACUAGGUUUAGUACCAGUAUUUCCUGUAAGGAACGUAGGAAGUCUAAUAGCGGGAAGUGGUGGUUCUGGAAGUGAGAAGGUGUUUAGGGAUUGUGUGUUGGUUAAGAAAAACACUACAGUUGCGGAGUGUGCAAGGAAAGUUAUGGGAGAUGCUCCUUUAGCUUAUGUUGAAGGAGCUGGUGGAGUGAGAGUUUCGGAAGAUGCUAUUGUUUCUGUUGGUCAUAAUGAUAGUAGGUAG